AUGGAUGGGCCGGGUAUGAUAAACUUAAGCCAUUUGGCUUUCCUGUCCAUGGAGCUAUUGAUGGAUUCAGUAGAAAAAAUUUGUGGUUAAACGUGACUCGCUCCAAUAAUUCUCCAGACAAUAUUGCUCAAUACUAUUUAUUUAAAUGCUGUAGGUGAAUUUAAUGGGUGUCCAAAAGUAUUAAUAUCAGAUAUGGGUACUGAGAAUGGAUUGGCAGCAUCAAUCCAGUGUUAUUUUAGGGAUGAAUUUGGAGCUCAUCGCUAUGUGCCAUCGACACGAAAUCAACGCAUAGAAGCGUGGUGGUCAUUUUUUGUGCGAAAUAGGUCAUCAUGGUGGAGGAAUCACUUCAAAGACAUGGAGUCAGACGGAAUGUUAGAUUGUGCUGCUGAAAUAAGGAUGGAAUGUCUUUGGUAUUGCUUCGCAGAACUUAUUCAAAAUGACUUAGAUUUUGUAAAAGAGCAUUGGAACUGUCACCGAAUUAAAAAAUCAAGGCAUAAUACAAGAUCAGGACGUCCCGAUUCUCUUUUCUUCCUACCAGAACAUCAUGGUGCUAUUAAUCUUUUGAGUAUAGUCCCUCAAGAAGAGAUUGACUAUGUUUCCCAGCCUGUAGUGUAUUGA